AUGAUAAAAAGUAAUAGUGGCACGUACAAACUAGAUAUUCAGAAACGGAUCGCUAGUGCUAGACAAGAGACACGGACUUUAUACUACGAAGUAGAGAACAUUCGGAGUCGAAUUCAAGAUGCCACACUCUUCAAAGUGGCGAGUGAUGUUGAAAUGCUCUCCUCGGACAGGUUGAAUUUGAAGUUGUACAAUACAUUACGGGGUCAUCAAAAUAAAAUUGCCCAAAUACGGUGGAAUUCGAAUUCCAGACAUAUCUUGUCAGCAAGUCAGGAUGGAUACAUGAUUAUCUGGGAUACAGUUAGUGGGUUUAAGAAACAUGCUAUAUCGUUAGAGAACCAGUGGGUUUUAGCGUGCGCUAUUGCCCCGAAUGGAGAAAGUGUUGCAUCUGGGGGUUUAGAUAAUACUUUGACAGUGUACAAUAUAAAACCCCGAAAUUACCAGUAUGGGGCCCAUGAUCAGUACCAGACAUCCAUCCGAUCGUUAUUCAAGGGGCACAAGGCAUAUAUUUCUGAUUGCGAUUAUAUUAGCAAUGAGAAGCUCAUCACGGCCAGUGGUGACAUGACAUGUAUUAUGUGGGACAUAAAUAAAGGAGGAAAGGUGAGAGACUUCGUGGAUCAUAUAGGCGACGUGUUGGUAUUAGCCAAAUUCUCCGAUACCCAAGGUAACCAUGAAUCGCCGAUCUUCGUAUCUGGGAGUUCGGAUGGGUAUGCCAAAAUCUGGGAUCUUAGGUGCCAGUUUGCGGUACAAAGUUUUCCAGUUUCCAAUAGUGACAUUAAUUGCAUAAAGGUAUUUCCAGAUAAUCAUUCGUUCAUGACAGGUUCAGAUGAUGGGAUCAUACGGCUUUUUGAUAUGAGAUCUGAUUGCGAGUUGAGUAAUUAUUCAUUAUCGGCCAAUCUUCAUAAGCUAGAUCUCAAUAAUUUGCGUCCUUCAGUCAGUCGGUCGUAUCCAGAAAGUCCGACUGAUCAGAUUAGCAGAGUUCAAUCCACCAACUCCAGCUAUGAUACUCCUGGAGUAGUAUCACUAGACUUCAGUAGGUCAGGGCGAUUGCUAUAUAGCUGUUACUCUGACUAUGGCUGUAUCAUAUGGGACACACUAAAAGGCAACAUUGUUGGUGCCUUAGGAAUGGCGGGCCACUUGAAUAAGGUUAAUCAAGUAAGCUCGAGCCCCGAUGGUCUAAUCAUCUGUACAGCAUCGUGGGAUCAAACCAUAAAGGUUUGGUCCGUGUAA